CGCUGGUCGACGGCUGUCCCCCGCCGAGCGACCAUGCCAUGUGUGCUCAUGAAAAGCCGCUGGAGUGUGACUUAAAAGCUCCUACAGAACUAUAGACGGGUCCUGUAACAACAUCUACAAUCCAAAGUGGGGCGCAAUUAAUCAACCCUUCUUGAGGCUUCUACCUGCUGAGUACUUUGACGGUUAUGAUGUUCCUCGGAUGACCAGCAAGUCCGACCCUCGCCGUCUCCUGCCCAGCCCCCGCCUCGUCAGCCGCACCGUGCACGAGCCGACACUCACGAGCGGACACAACCUGCCGGAGCUGACCAACAUCCUACAGGUGUGGGGACAGUUUGUUGACCAUGAUUUAACCGCAACCCCAGCACUGAGAGCACCCGACGGAAGUAAUGUGAAAUGUUGCGAGCAAGUCCACCUGUCCGCCAACUAUCAGAUUGACAGAGGUGUCUUCAAUGGUGGCUCGUGCCAUCCGAUCUACAUUCCCCCUGGAGACCGUUUCUUUUCCUCCUCGUGUAUGAACUUCGCAAGAUCCAUGCCCGCCAAGAGGGCAAGAGACUGCGACCCAGACGCUCCAAAGGAAGUGCGUCAGCAGAUGAACAUGAUCACCGCCUGGAUGGACUCGUCUCAAGUGUACAGCUCAACCAUGAAGAGCUCUCAAGAGCUGAGGGUGUAUCAUCGUGGACUCAUGCGUGUGACAGAAGAUGAACUUUUGCCAGAAGACAAAGAUUCCGAGUGCCUCAAAGAAAAUCCUGGAGACUACUGUUUUUUGGCAGGUGAGGGUCGAGUCAAUGAACAUCCCGCACUGACGGUGAUGCACACUGUGUUUCAUCGGUUUCACAACAGAGUGGCCCUGGCGAUCUCGAACAUUAACCCUCGCUGGAGCGAUGAAACGACCUUCCAGGAGACGAGGCGAAUAGUGGGCGGAGUCAUGCAGCACAUGACGUUUCACGAUUGGCUGCCGUUGAUUCUGGGUCCCAGCGUCAUGCGGCAGUACUCACUCAACGUCAUCAGCGCGGGGUCAUACGGUCCGUCCUACUGGUAUUACAACAGUAAACUGAACCCGACGGUCGCCAACGAGUUCGCCACAGCAGCAUUCCGCUUCGGUCACACGCUCAUCCCCAGUUUCUUCUCCAUGGGCGAGGUGCAAGUGAGGCUGUUCACCUUGUUCAACAGACCCAAGUUCGUGCUGAACCGACGUGAGACCAGCAUCCACAACAUGUGCAACGGUCUCAUGAGCGAUCCGAUGUUCCAUCCCGAUCGCUUCAUGGGCUCCGACCUGGUGGACCACCUGUUUCAGGACAAGAACGUCAGCCUUGACCUAGCAUCACUCAACAUACAGCGGUCACGUGACCACGGGUUGCCAGGCUAUAAUGCCUACAGGGGCUUCUGCAAACUACCUGUGUAUAAGAAUUUUGAAGAUAUGUACCAGCAAGACCCAGAGAGGGCAGAAAUGUUCAGCAGAGUUUACGACGACGUCGACGACAUCGACCUGUUUCCGGGGGGUUUGAGCGAAAAAGCGCUACCUGGUGGAGUUGUGGGCCCUACCUUCGCCUGCAUCAUUGCCAGACAGUUCCACGUCGCCAAAUUUGGAGACCGCUUCUGGUACGAGUCCACAGACGGCCCCGGGGCCUUCACUGCAGACCAGCUUGCAGAGAUAAGGAAGAUGACCCUGAGCAAGGCCAUGUGCUAUGGCUCCUCCAUCAAAACAGCUUCUGUCAAUGUUUUCUUGACGGCGGGGACGUUCUUGCCCCGGGGUGUUCAGCUUCCUAACGGUGUCUACGUCACACAGAACCGCUACGUGCCGUGCGAAGACCUGCCGGAUAUUGAUCUCCGGAAGUGGUACGAUCCAGCUGCGCAGUAAAGGUGCGCUACAGGCAGUGACACGUCAGCUUUGUGCUUUGGGCGACUGGCGGGGCUUGUGUUGCCCAGACAUUCAAAGCUGUUUUCGCUGUUCGUGUCCAGCCUCACCGUCUGUCCAGACGAGCUAUGGCGAUGGUUUUAUUGUGGUCUAUUGGAGCUCUGAAAGAAUAUAUAAAUGUAUAUUGAGUAAAUUUACUGGACAACUUUAUCAACAAACCUUUCUACCUCUGACAGUGUUGUUCAUUUAUUUUUAGUCAUGAGAUCUUUUUAAUACAUUUUUGC